AUGCCUGAAAAAAGUUUAUCUGAUAGUGAUAUGACAAAACCUGAGAAUCAUUCAUCUUUUCAUACUUAUGUUGUCUCUCCAGUUCAAGCAUUCUUUCGUUCUCAUGUGGUCCGGCCAUCUAAAGAACACCCUUCAAUAUUUUCUUUUGUCAUUUUAAUUCUUUUGUCUAUCUUACUUCUUCUUAUCCUUUUGCUUGGUAGUACUAAAACUAUUUAUUUGUCAAAAUUUACUUUUGGCGAACCGAUAAAAUUUAUUACAAAAAAAAAUGAUAUAACUUUCACUCUAUACGAAAUCACUGGUAAAUCCUCAAAUCAAAACCGUCUCGAUAUUCUAAUUCCUUCAAUCCCAACUCCUUCAAUUCCUAAUGUUCCAUCUAGUGUAGAACCAGCUGUUUCGGCCGUUAGUAGUGCUGUCACCGAUGCUGCAAAUACUGCUUCAAAUACUGCCGGGGAUAUUGCUGCAGUAGCCCUGGUUUAUUAA